GACGUGCGAGCCGAGAAGCUCUGGCCACUCCCUCAGCCAACCAAGAUUUUCUUUUUUUAUCCCUUUAUCUCCUCCUACUCUAGUUUCCCUUGUUCUCUCUCACCCUCGCGCUUACUCGCUCAUCCUGGCUUUUGUGUGAGCGCCGCCGAGAAAGAAUGCGCGGCGUGUAAGAUAGGAGAGACAGACGGGACGGCGCAGCAGGUUUGCAGAGACGUGGCUAGUUGGAUCUAAUACAUUGGAGACGUGAGGUGCUGGACAGGCAGCCGUGAAGAACGCAGGCAGACGUACACGCGCGAGGACAGAAUGGAAGACAGCCCGACAGGUUUAGCUCCUGUCUGUAACUCCGUGGCCGUGCUGAACCACCACUGCACUGAUGACAGUAUUUCGGCAGCGAGCACGUCAGACGUGCAGGACCGCCUUUCGUCUCUGGAGCUGCGGGUUCAGCAGCAGGAUGAUGAGCUGACCGUGAUGAAGGCCGCGUUGGCCGACGUGCUCAGGCGUCUGGCUUUGUCCGAGGACACGGCCGCCGCCGCUAAGAAACAGCAGAGCAGCAAAGGUUCGGCUCAGAUGCGUGAGGCUUACUCUAUGUCCUGUAUUGCCAAUGGCAGUUCCGGCAGCCGCAAAUCUAACCGAGACAGCUCAACAGUGUCUGUAGCCAGGAAAGAGACGCUGGCUUCCGCAGCCAAGAGUGGUAGCGGUGAGCGGAAAAAAGACAAGCCUCAGAUGGAGGAAAUCAAGGAGAAAGAGGAGCCACCACAGGCUAAUGAUAAAGCCCCCUCAGCACCCAGCACCCCUCAGGCACCGUCCCCUUCUAGCAACCCCCCCUCCCCUCAUCCCCCACAGCCCCAAAGACAAGCCUCGGAGAACAAGGGGUCAACCCCGGCCAAAAGGGGUAGCAGUGCGAAGAGAGGAGGGAUAGAGCGUUCUCAGAGCAGCACAUGGGACAGCGGGGAAGACAACAGGAACAAGCUGGUGAAAGCCGCCUCCACUUCUAAACUGCUGGCCAAAGUUGUGAAGAACGCAGACAAACACAGAGAUCCAGUCAUCAGUCAAGCUAAAAUGUCAACGCGUGAAAAAAACAGCCAAGAGGGAGACUAUAUAAAAAUGUUCAUGAGAGGACGUCCAAUCACGAUGUUCAUCCCAUCAGACGUGGAGAAUUACGAUGAAGUCCGCACAGAGCUUCCCUCAGAGAGACUCAAGCUGGAGUGGGUAUAUGGCUACAGGGGGCGUGACUGCCGCACAAACAUCUAUUUGCUUCCAACCGGUGAGAUUGUUUACUUCAUCGCCUCGGUGGUCGUGCUAUUCAACUAUGAGGAAAGAACACAGCGCCACUAUUUGGGACACACGGACUGUGUUAAAUGUUUGGCUAUUCACCCGGAUAAGAUUCGCAUCGCCACAGGACAGAUUGCAGGUGUGGAUAAGGAUGGCAGGCCGCUUCAGCCUCACGUGAGAGUGUGGGACUCUGUCAGCUUGUCCACACUUCAGAUCAUAGGUCUCGGUACCUUUGAGAGAGGAGUGGGAUCCCUCGCUUUUUCAAAAGCUGACUCAGGUGUUCACCUCAGUGUGAUUGAUGACUCAAAUGAACACAUGUUAACUGUGUGGGACUGGCAGAAGAAAUCUAAAAUUGCUGAAAUUAAGACGACUAAUGAAGUGGUUUUAGCUGUGGAGUUUCAUCCCACUGACGCCAACACCAUAGUAACCUGUGGCAAGUCUCACAUCUUCUUCUGGACCUGGAGCGGAUCCUCACUUGCCCGCAAACAAGGAAUAUUUGGUAAAUAUGAAAAGCCAAAGUUUGUGCAGUGUUUGGCUUUCCUCAAUAACGGUGACAUUUUGACGGGAGAUUCUGGAGGAAUAAUGUUGAUAUGGACCCGAAGCACAGCCGAACCAGCACCAGGAAAAGGACCUAAAGGAGCGUUUCAGAUCACUCGUCAGAUUAAAGCUCAUGACGGCAGCGUGUUUACACUGUGUCAGAUGAGGAACGGCACUCUGCUCACAGGGGGUGGCAAAGACCACAAGAUCAUUCUGUGGGACCAUGACCUGCAUCCAGAGAGAGAAAUAGAGGUCCCAGAUCAGUAUGGAACUAUUCGUGCUGUAGCUGAGGGUAAGGGGGAGCAGUUUCUGGUGGGCACAUCACGCAACUUUAUUCUUAGAGGCACCUUCAACGAUGGAUUUCAGGUGGAGGUGCAGGGACACACAGAUGAACUGUGGGGUCUGGCCACCCACCCCUUCAAAGACCUGUUCCUCACCUGUGCUCAGGACAGACAGGUUUGUCUGUGGAGUUCAGUGGACCACACGCUGGAAUGGACCAGAUUGCUGGACGAGCACGGGCACUGUGCAGACUUCCAUCCUAGUGGUUCUGUUGUUGCCAUUGGUACUCACUCAGGGAAGUGGUAUGCUCUGGAUGCAGAGACGAGAGACCUCGUGGCCAUUCACACAGACGGCAAUGAGCAGCUGUCACUCUUGCGCUACGCUGUCGAUGGAAUGCUGUUGGCGGUGGGAUCCCAUGAUAACUUUAUUUACCUCUACACAGUGUCGGAUAAGGGACGCAAGUACAGCAGAUAUGGAAAAUGCACUGGACAUUCCAGCUACAUUACACAUCUUGACUGGUCCCCGGACAAUAAGUUCAUCAUGUCCAACUCAGGAGACUAUGAAAUCCUUUACUGGGACAUUCCAAAUGGUUGUAAGUUGAUUCGUAACCGCUCUGAGUGUAAGGACAUCGACUGGGCCACCUACACCUGUGUGCUGGGAUUCCACGUCUUUGGUGUUUGGCCGGAGGGCUCAGAUGGGACAGAUAUCAAUGCUUUGAUGCGAUCCCACAACAGGAAAGUGAUCGCUCUGGCUGAUGACUUCUGCAAAGUGCACCUUUUCCAUUACCCCUGCUCCAGACCCAAGGCCCCAAGCCUCAAGUACAGCGCUCACAGCAGUCACGUGACAAACGUGAGCUUCAUGCACAAUGACGCUCACCUGAUUUCAACGGGCGGCAAGGACACAAGCAUCAUGCAGUGGCGUCUAGUGGAGAAGACCUCGUCCCUGGUGCACAGCGACUCCAGCUUGGGCCUAAGCGAUGCUCUGAUGCACAACUCUACCCCUCGCAGCCUGCCAUCAAUACCCAGCAAACCCCAGACUCCUACUGAGCCUGUCCACGUGCCCAUGUCGCUGCCGAUCAGCACCCAACCCGACACCAGCACGCCCCCUCGCACGCCCACCGAAUUAUUAGACACAGCCACUCCUAACGGACAGCAGGACGGCUCCCCAGAAACCCCGCCUCUUUCUGAUGAGAUCACGCCCUCUUCUGACAGCACCCUAAGCCCAAAGGACAGUCUAGAGCCUAGCGAUGAUACAGCCACGCCGAGUGAUGAGGGCACACCCUUUAAUCCACCUUUAUAAGAGGGUGAUGUUAUUGUAACGUUGGUCCGGCCCCUAUCUUGCCUGCUCGACACCCUGCCCACGGCACCAGCAUGUCACUGUCACCAUUCUGUUGGCGUUCAAAAGCAGGAUCUCCUCCUUUUUUUUAUCCGAUCUAGUUUUUCGUUUUGUGUCUUAGUUUUGUUGACGUUAUGUUCAUUGAUGUGGUUGCAGAGGCAUUGGUUUGGGUCGAAUGGUGAGAGGUUUGGAACGAUUUGGAAAGAUUUAGCUGACACAAACACUAAUACACAUGAAGAUACAAGCACCACAAACUGUGAUUCUGUUAUAGUACAAUUAAAAAGAAGAAUUUUAGAUCAGGGUACCAAUUUUUUUUAUGAUUUAUCACUUUUAGAUCCAAAGACCUGUCAUGAAUUUGAUUCUUUGUCAUUUCGCAUUUAGUUAUAAUACAAUUUAAACGGAUGGUUCACCCAAAAAUUUUAAUUCUGUUAUCAUUUGCUCACUCCCUUGUCAUUUCAAACCUGAAAGUUGGAGAAUGUUGGUAACAGAUUAAAGGCGGUACCCAUUGAUAGGAGUGAAAUAGAAGUGAAAGAGUACCGCUGUUGUUCGGUAGGUUUGAAAUAAGUAAAUGAUAACAGAAUUUGUCAUUUUUGGGUGAACCAUCCCUUUAAUGUACUAGAAUGUACUCAUGAUCAUGCAAUGUAAAUUUGUCAAUUUCCAUUUGUAUAGUGUUUCAAUUCAGGACGGUUGAUUGAAUUUGGGUGACCUUUAAAAAUCAGUUUUUCUUAUUCCUUUAUAAAAAUUGGUGGCAGAUUGGGUUUAAAUUGCUCUGAAUUCUUUAAAAUAGCUCUCGGAAGUCAAAACAAAAAGAUCAGGACAUUUGCACACAGGUUAAUGACCCCGCCAACCUUGGUCAGACCAAAGGACCUCUUUCAUCCCAUUAGCUGCUUCAGCAAAUGGAAAAAUCCACCUUGAAUUUCAACUUGGACUGAAAAGUGCACGAUUACGGCCGCUUAAUAGAAAAACAACAACACACUUUAUUCAACACGACCACAUCUUAACCCAAACAAGCUCAAACACAUAUGCAUCGCGACACCCUGCCCGUAUUUACAAAGCUCUCAAGUUUCUGAAUGAUACAAAAAAAUCCCGAAAGCCUCACCUUUCUGUCUGAAAACAUCAUGCCACCCUCACAUCUCCUGAAUAUUUCACUGUUGGACUGAAGAUCUCCGUGCUCACGCCAUACCUUUUAACUCUUGAUUUCCAUGAUUCUUUCCUCUCACUGAGACUGAAUUGUUUUUGGCUUUCAUUGUGGGAUUGUUUUUCUGUCAUUUUGAUCAUGGACUGUUUUUUAUCCAUUGAGAGAACGAUUAAACAAGUCUUAAAUGUGCGCGUGAGUAUGAGUGUGUGUGUAUGUGUGUGUGUGUGCGCACAAGUUGGCGCUUUUUUCAUUCCGCAGAAAACUUCUCAGGAUCAGAGCAACCGAAAUAAUAAAGCAGAAUGUGUUCUCCACUUUUUUCUUUACGCAAUUGCCAUGUUUUAGGUUGUUGUUUUUAUGUAAUAAUGGUACUGUGGUAACACCAUGGUAAACCUUAAAAUACAUUCAGGUGACUUGAUAUUGAAAGUACCUGAAUUUGCACCAAUUUACAUCCAAUAGUUUCUGUCUUGCAAUGUCCUCAGAUCAUGUCAUAUAAAUGUUACAUUACCAUGAUUUUACCAUGUGAUACCGCCAUAGUCAUUUUGUAAAGGAUUGCUCUCCUUUUUUGUUUUUAUUUCUCUCAACAUCGCGUGACGAGAUGGAUGUUUGACUGCCACCCAUUGAAGAUCAAACCGUAUGCGGAACAGAUUUUCUCCUCUACAGUAACGAUUGUCUUAUGCCUCAGUAUCAGCAGAUGAAUCACUUCAUUUCAUACAAAAGAGCUCGACACAAGUAUAUGUCUGAAGAGUUGAAGUUGCCUCGAGAACUGGUUAAAGGACAGCAAGCGUUUUUGAUCAAAAUCUAAUUUGUAAAUGAAUCAAGUCUGUUUUUCUGUAAUAAAAAUGAAAAAUGUGGUUUUCA